GUCAGUUCGAUGAGUUUGUGAGAAUGCUGUGGUCCGAUAUUUAAACUUCGUGAUAUACAAGUGAUCAUUAAAGUGGACAAAACAAAACAGCUUCUCGUCAUCCCAGAUCCAGGCCAGAGGCCAGAUAAUCUAGUACGUUGUUAAUUCGUGGCUAUGAUUUGUUGGCUGGCAAGUGGCAACGGCAAACGGCAACACUGCUUCGCAAUUUUCGCAUUGGUUUUGGUCGAGUCGGCGCGUUGCCCGAUCUCGGAUCUCGUCAUUUUCGUCGCAUAACGUAACAACAUGGCGGAUUCAGUGAGGGAGCACAAAUUGAAGUUGGCCAAUUCUAGAAAGCGGUUCAAAGAAUUGCAAGAACAAAAGAAGAAGAAAGAAGCUGCAGCACAAAAGGUGGAUCAUUCAACAGCAUAUGAUGAUAGGCAGACACCAGCUGACAGUUUGACAAGUUCAGCACAUAGUUCAGUUAAUAAUGACGCACCUCUAGAAACCAUUACCGAUGAUAAAAAUAAUUCUGCACCACUGCCAAAUUAUUUUGCCGAUACAAAUUAUGGAGAUAAUUUCAUGUUUUUUGAUAAUAUUUCAAAGCCAGAAAAAAAAGCAGAUGAAUACAUUCCUAAUAAUGAUUCAAAAUCUUACAAAACUAUUCAAGAUUCCACCUCCUAUGGAAAUAUGCUAUCCAACAUAGUAGACAAUCCAAAAGAUGCCGAGAACCAGACAACCCAAUACAGUGGUAAUUACUCCUUAUUUCCUGAAGAGACUCCACACAAUUAUGUUUAUGAAACACAAAAUAUUUUACAUCCCAAUCAAGAGAUUCCUGAUGACGGUGAUACUUAUCUACUACAUGGUUCAAAUACAAAGCAAGACCAUUCUCUUCAGUAUUCAUCCAGUAACGAUGCUCCAAGUCUGGAUUACCCUGAAAUUAAGCAAAAUGAAAUAUUUGAAAUACACAAUAAUUCCCAGAACCAUAAUAUAUUUUCUUCAGAAACUGGUCGGGAGAUUAUUGAUUGUUUUCAAAGUGACAGCAAGGAUAGUCUAAAUGAAGUAAACAAUUCCGCUAUCAAAAAUGAAAUUGUAGAUAAUUCUAAUAAUGCUCAAGAAGAAAUUAGACAUUCGAGCAUUGAAAGUUUGAAGCAGUUUUCCAAUCAUAUGGCAGAAAUGGUAGAACCUGAGUAUACCAUAACCAGUUCAAUUACAGACCUAGAAAAACGUAACUUGGAAUUAGCUGCUUUAUUAGAGCAAACAAAUUUGGGAUACGAGCAACAAAAAGCGCUAAUAGAAGAACUCAAAUUCAAAAUCAACACAUUGGAAACGGAUGGAAAAAGAACACAGGAAAGUUUGAUUUUACAAUCAGCUACUGAGACUAGUAGGUUGAGAGAAGAAUUGCAAUGUCAUAUCCAAACCGUGGGAUUACUAGUGGCUGAGAAAACAGAGUUAUCAGCAAGCUUAAGUCAACUAGAAAUAACAGCAAAGCAGAAGGUUUCAGAAUGCGAGGAGCUACAAGCUCGUUUGAAAGCUUCCAGGUCAAGGGCAUUUGAAUUAGAGCAAGAAUUGCAUAUUUUGAGAAACGAUAAAAGCAAGAAGGAAACCGUAGGAAUAGAGCAAGGCACAAUUAUUGAAAAACUGAGACAGGAAAGCACGAAUCUUCGGGAACAAAAAGAAGAACUUCUCCAAGAUCUAUUAGAAGCAAGAGAAAAACUGAAAAAUAGCUCAUUAGAUAAUCUGAACCUUCAAAAACAAAUCCAGGAGGUUUCUAGCAAGCUUUCACUUGCUGAAAUAAAAAUUCAACAAAUAUCCAGUGGCGAGCAACAGCAAUUUGAAAGUCAAGUUGAAAAGUUAACUUUCGAAAAAUUCGAGUUGAUGAAACAACUUUCUAGCCUGAAUUUGAUGUUGAAAACUAUGACGAAUGAACGAGACGAAUCGACUUCGCAUUACCAACAAUAUACGCAAGAAUUGAAUGCUCAAAUGACCAACCUCACUAACCAAAUUCAGCGUUUACAACAAGAAAAUGAGCACCUUUCAAUGCAAGAACAAAACCGUAUAAAACAUAUCGGUGAACUCGAAAGACAGCUACAAAGUUUACAAAAUGAUCAGGUUGCUUUCGCAAGAAAUGGGACUAACAAGGAUAUUAACCUGAAAAAUGAGCUUGAGUCUAUCAGAGAACUUAGUGUUCAACUACAGGAUGGCUCUGUGGACUAUAAGUUCAUAAGCUAUUUCCUGCUGUGGACCGUCAUACCAACAUGGAUAGAGAAAACGACUGCCGAAGAAAAUUACACUCGCACCAUGAACGAAAAGGAAAUGCUCUUGAAAGAACUGGCUGCCAAGAAUGAUUCGCUUGGUCAGCUCGAGAGCAUGGUGGAACAAUUGAGAGGAAACCAACCGGACAGUGUCAAGUUACUUGCGACAAUGGAGAGUGAUAAAGUGGCUGCCGCCAGGGCUGUUCAACAGAAUAAGGAACUAAAGGAGCAAAUGGAUGGAAUGAGAGAAGUGGUUGCAAAAUUGGACAAUGACAAAGUGCAGCUUACUGAGAAGCUAGACUUUGAACAAUCCAGCAAUAAAGAACUUCUUGACAAACUCCAGAAAACUGAACUCCAACUUCAACGGCUCACUGAUGCAAUUGAAAUCAAAGAUCGUGAACUCUCGCACUUGAGAGAUAGCUCCAUGGAACUCAACAAACAAAUAUUGCAACAAGAACAGUUGGCCGAUAGGCUACGGCAUUACGAAGCACACGAUAAUUCAUCUCACGCUCUACAAAAUGAUCUCCAAGAAUCUAAACAGACUAUCAUAGAGCUUACAAAUGAAUUGAAUUUAUUGAAAAAAGAGAAAAAUGACGAAGUUAUUGAUAAGAUCACAAGUGAUGUUACUGACGUUAAAAGUUUCGAGAUAAUAGACUUGAGAAAGCAACUAGAUGAAAUGAAACUGCAAAACAACGAACUCCAAUCGAAGCUAGAAAAUCACAGCAUGAUCGAUAACAGUUUCAACGAAAAUGACAGAACCGCCGACAAAGAAGCGAUUAUGAGAUGUCUGGAAGAUAAAGUCAAACAUACGAUGCAAGACAUAGCUGACCUGACAGAAGAAAAACAAAGGUUGGAACACUUAGUGUUACAGCUGCAAGGGGAAACUGAAACGAUCGGCGAAUAUGUGGCAUUAUAUCAACACCAACGCAUGGUUCUCAAACAGAAAGUGCUGGAGAAAGAUCAACAGUUCAAGCAGCUGGCCAGCGACAGACAGGAAAUGAAGAAUAAAUUGGAAAAGCUCAAUGCCCUCAUAAAGACCCUGGUUGAUGAAAAGGGUUCCGUUCCUAGGGAGCUUCUCAAACAGCACGAGAGUUUUGUCGAUCACAGUGAUAGUUUCUGCGAAGAACAUUCCAAGAUUCACAAGGAAAUCGGUAAAUUUGAUGGCGGUGAAAGUAUGAAGACGGAUGUAGCAAGUGGUUCUGAAACGGCGGAGGAAAUUUUGACACUUCUCACGGAAAUCAAGUCUAGUAACUUGGUGCAGCCCACCGAGAACUUCCACCAUUGCCCUUGGUGUUCUGGGCAACUCAUCACAGUGUAGGUUGAACAUAAAGUGCUAAAGAAACAUGGAAUUGAGAAGCCAAUCACCGAGAUGACAUGGGUAACUAACUCAGACAACUCGAUGCCUCCAUGAAGCUAGUGUCUGAUGAAGACAUUCUGCAACUUUUCGGUGACUCACGACAAUGUGAUGGGUCACAGUGAUAGUCUCUGUGAAGAGGUCGUUCCAAAACGUUGAUGAUGGAAAUGGUUCAAAAAUGGCAGAAAAGAUCUGAGGUUCAAGAAGCUAGCUAUUGCAGAGAGGACAUGAAAGAAGAACUUGAAAAGCUCAAUGCUUCCAUGAAGAUACUGGAUGACGUAGGUUCUCCUCACAGAAAUCAACAAUAAUUGCUCUUGGUGUUGAGCAAUUGAUUACAAUAUUGUUAGUAUGAGAGUUAGUUCUCAGGGUCGGCUAUGAUAUAAUAUGCAUUGUGUAUUUAUUUUUGGAAUGAUGUAUGAUUUAUGACUUGAAGGAUUCCGAAGGUCAACAUUUCUGUGAUAAUAUGAAAACUGAACUAAACAUAAUAUGAGAGUUGUAUUCCAAAUCAAUUUUGAUAGCUUUCAUUUUGAAGAUUGAAUAUAGUGUGCAAAACAAUUAGAUUUUUUACCCCAGGUAUUAUAAUAUUUCUCAUUACAAUUAACAACAUAGAACUCCGAGUAAAAUUUAGUUUAUUAAUCUAUUUCAGUUCACAACUUUUUUGAAUUCAUAAAUCUUCACUUCUUCAGAAUUUUAAUCCUCAAGAUGUCAUGAAUAGGUAUCAAUUUCACUAAAUAUUGGAAUCAUUUAUCAGUGAAUUACCCUAAGAGAAGUUUUGAUUUCACACAGAAACUUUCAACUUUAUUCAUUUGGAAAUUUCACAAUGAGAUGGAUGGUCUUGCCUCAUUUUGCAAUGACGUAAUUGAGUGUUUCAGUUUGGAAUAAAAACUAGUAGAUGUUUUUGUACCUACCAUUUUGGUGUUUGCUGUUGCUGAUGAUACAUUUAUUAUCUAUCUCAUAUUAAUGACACUGCAUUUCAUUUUCUUGAACAAGAUUCAAAUUUGUGACUGAAAAUGUAAAUUUUUUGGGUUUCUCUCUCAUUCUGAUUCAAUUUGACCUGGAACUAAAGGGCUCAAGUUAGUGUCAGUGAGACAGUUCAAUGACUUUCAAAUACAUCUACACUUAUGAGUAAAUACUAUUCAGUAUUGGGACAGCAAAUAUCAAAAUCUUAAUCUGCAGUGUUGUAUUGUGUUGAUAAUUUUUGUAUUUUCUAUUUUUCAUAACAAUAUAAGGAUGCGUUUGUUGUGGUUACUGUGAUUUUUUUAAAUUCAUCUGAAUACAGAAAUUCCAAUGAAUU